CAUGGGCUGGCCUGGGCAAGAGUCGGCCCUGCUUAGCACUGAUCACGAUUUCACUGCACUGAGCGACAUAGCAGCCCAGGAAAGUAAGGCUCUGAGGACCUCCCCAUCCAAACGUAUCUUACGAAGACGCAAGAGAGAAUGGGUGUUCCCGCCGCUGUCUGUCCCUGAGAAUGGCAAGGGUCCCUUCCCUCAGAGGCUGAAUCAGCUCAAAUCUAGCAAGGACAGAGGCACCAAGAUUUUCUACAGCAUCACAGGGCCUGGGGCAGACAGCCCCCCUGAGGGUGUCUUCACCAUAGAGAAGGAAACGGGCUGGUUGUUGUUGAAUAAGCCACUGGACCGGGAGAAGAUUGCCAAGUACGAGCUCUUUGGCCACGCUGUGUCAGAGAACGGCGCCUCCGUGGAAGAGCCCAUGAACAUCUCCAUCAUCGUGACAGACCAGAAUGACCACAAGCCCAAGUUUACCCAGGAUGUCUUCAAAGGGAGUGUCUUGGAGGGGGCACUGCCCGGUACAUCUGUGAUGCAGGUGACAGCCACAGAUGAGGACGAUGCCAUCAACACCUACAAUGGGGUGGUUGCUUACUCCAUUCACAGCCAAGAGCCAAAGGACCCUCCUAACAUGUUCACCAUCCACCGGAGCACAGGCACCAUCAGCGUCAUCUCCAGUGGCCUGGACCGGGAGAAAGUCCCUGAGUACACACUGACCGUCCAUGCUACCGACCUGGACGGGGAAGGCUCCACCACCACGGCAGUGGCCAUCGUGGAAGUCCUCGACACCAAUGACAACGCUCCCGUGUUUGAUCCCCAAAAGUAUGAGGCCCAUGUGCCCGAGAACGCGGUGGGCCGUGAGGUACAGAGGCUGACCGUGACUGAUCUGGACGCCCCCAAUUCACCGGCAUGGCGUGCCACCUACCGCAUCUUGGAAGGUGACAGUGGGGACCAUUUUACCAUCACCACCCAUCCCGAGAGCAACCAGGGUAUCCUGACAACCAAGAAGGGCUUGGAUUUUGAGGCCCAAAACCAGCACACGCUGUACAUUGAAGUGACCAACGAGGCUCCCUUCGUAGUGAAGCUCCCGACCUCCACGGCCACCGUGGUGGUCCACGUGGAGGAUGUGAAUGAGGCCCCCGUGUUCGUCCCGCCCUCCAAUGUCGUUGAGGUCCUGGAGGACAUCGCUGCUGGGGAGCCGGUCUGCACCUACACUGCGCAGGACCCGGACAGGGGGAGCCAGAGGGUCAGCUACCACAUCCUGAGAGACCCAGCAGGGUGGCUGGCGAUGGACCCGGACAGUGGGCAGGUCACUGCCGCGGGAGUCCUGGACCGCGAGGAUGAGCGGUUUGUGAGGAACAACAUCUAUGAAGUCAUAGUCUUGGCCACGGACGAUGGGAGCCCUCCCGCCACUGGCACAGGGACCCUCCUGCUAACACUGGUGGACGUCAACGACCACGGCCCUGUCCCCGAGCCCCGUCACAUCACCAUCUGCAACCAAAGCCCUGUGCCCCAGGUGCUGAACAUCACAGACAAGGACCUGUCCCCACACGCCUCCCCUUUCAAGGCCCAGCUCACACAGGACUCGGACAUCUACUGGACGGCAAAGGUCAAUGAGAAAGGAGACACAGUGGCCUUGUCGCUGAAGAAGUUCCUAAAGCAAGACACAUACGAUGUGCACCUUUCUCUGUCUGACCGUGGCAACAAGCAACAGCUGGCAGUGAUCAAGGCCACCGUGUGCGACUGCCACGGCCACGUGGAGACCUGCCCCAUACCCUGGAAGGGGGGCUUCCUCUUGCUCCCCAUCCUGGGGGCCGUCCUGGCUCUGCUGUGUGUUGAUAGUGGGGGAGCAGGGGAGUCCUUCUCAAUCUCAUGCUCUCCCUUCUCAAAGGACUAUGACAUCACCCAACUCCACCGGGGUCUGGAGGCCCGGCCCAAGGUGGUUCUCCGCAACGAUGUGGCGCCAGCCUUUAUCCCCACGCCCAUGUACCGUCAGCGGCCAGCCAACCCCGAUGAAAUCGGCAACUUCAUCACCGAGAACCUGAAGGCGGCCAACACGGACCCCACAGCCCCGCCCUAUGACUCCCUGUUGGUGUUCGACUACGAGGGCUGCGGCUCUGAGGCCCCCUCGCUGAGCUCCCUCACCUCCUCGGCCUCUGACCAGGACCAAGACUAUGACUACCUGAACGAAUGGGGCAGCCGCUUCAAGAAGCUGGCGGACAUGUACGGGGCUGGCCAGGACGACUAGGCCUCCGGGCCAGCAGGGCCCAGGGCUGCACGUCAGGCUCAGCUGCAUCUGCAAAGGGGCUCGGUCCCCCCUCAGCCCAGGACUCUGAGCUGUUGAGAAGUGGCCUUAGCAACUUGGAGGGAAGAGGCCUCGAGUCUGACAGCAAAUGAGUUGGGUCUCAGCCCUUCAAACACGGGCCGGGCCGUUGGACUUCAGCACUGAAACCUCGCAGCCUCGGGCUGGGUGCCCCGGAGGCGGAAUUUCCGGGAGUCUCUUCCCUGCCAUGAAAUGCUCAGCCCUGUGUCCUGACGCCCCGAGAUACUGUUCUCUCUGGAAUGGACCUUUCCCCUUAGGAAGAGGCCGCUUUUAACAGCCCGGAUUUUUUUUUUUUUUUUAAUGCUAUUUUCAAAAAGUUAGAGGCGGGUCCUCAGGGGUCCCCUGGAGCCUUCAGAGCCCAGCCCAGAGCUGCUGGGCUCUCGGCCUCACACAUUUCUCUUUGCUCUCCAGGCCCGAGGCCUCCUAAUCUGAACGGAUUGCUGCGUUUUUAUACUGAGCGUGUCUAGGUUGUCCUUUAUUUUUAUUUUCCCCGUGGAGUGCUGUAGACGAAGGGUGAUGACAAUCGGGUAAAUGUACUAGAACUUUUUUAUUAAAGGAACUUUCCCAGAGGUG